CCGCUGCUGUUUUCUCCUCCUACACUCGAUCUUACCGACGUCGUCGACACAUCCCUCGAGAUACCUCAUAUCCUUCGAUUCCUCGAUUUGAGAAUCUCGAUUCCACACCGUCAAAAUGGUCAAAACUUCCGUCCUCAACGAUGCGCUUAACGCCAUCAACAACGCCGAGAAGAGCGGUCGCCGUCAGGUCCUGAUCCGCCCUUCCUCCAAGGUCAUCAUCAAGUUCCUUUCCGUCAUGCAGAAGCACGGCUACAUUGGCGAGUUCGAGGAGGUUGACGACCACCGCUCCGGCAAGAUCGUCAUCCAGCUCAACGGCCGUCUGAACAAGUGCGGUGUCAUCAACCCCCGCUACCCCGUUCAGCUCCGUGACCUCGAGAAGUGGGCCACUCAGCUCCUGCCCUCCCGUCAGUUCGGUUACGUUGUCCUGACCACCUCCGCUGGUAUCAUGGACCACGAGGAGGCUCGCCGCAAGCACGUUGCCGGCAAGCUCCUCGGUUUCUUCUACUAAAAAGUUUACCCUGGAAGUUUUUUUUUUGAUGGCGAGGAUCUAGUUUGUGGUGCGAGGGAUGAACUCUCGUGGCUUGGCGGAGUUGGAUCGAUACCCGGCAGAGAUGUCUAGAUAGUUAUUGAUCGAGUGAUCUCGCGAAUGAACUGAUUCAAGUCAUCA